UUAGCAUGGUUGUUUAUUUGUUUUUGAAAGGUUUUUAGCUUAAAAAAAAAACUUCUUCACUUGAUCCUUCUUCAAGCACUGCGAGACUGAAGGAGUUUGUUCCUUCGCAGAUGGCGAGGAACUACGUGAGAGACAACGUGCCUCUCUCGCGAUUCGGCGUGUUGGUGGCGCAACUAGAGUCUAUAGUCGCCUCCUCGUCGCAACAAUUUCCUGACCCUCUCCUCUGCUUCGAUCUCCUCUCCGAUCUCAUCUCCGCUAUCGACGAAGAGCCCAAGGAAUCAAUUUUGUUGUGGCAAAGAAAAUGCGAGGAUGCAUUGUACUCUUUGCUCAUUCUUGGUGCUCGCCGCCCUGUGCGACAUUUAGCUUCGGUAGCAAUGGGAAGAAUAAUUUUAAGGGGAGACAAUAUUUCAAUAUAUUCACGAGUGAGCAGUCUUCAAGGAUUUCUUUCUGAUGGGAAGAGGAGCGAACCUCAGAAAGUUGCUGGUGCUACACAAUGCUUGGGAGAAUUAUAUCGACAUUUUGGGAGAAGAAUUACUUCGGGUUUGCUUGAAACAACUAUAAUUGCAACCAAACUAAUGAAGUUUAAUGAGGAGUUUGUGAGACAGGAGGCCCUUCUUUUGCUUCAAAAUGCUUUGGAAGGCUCUGGUGGUAGUGCUGCAGCUUCAGCAUAUUCUGAGGCAUUCCGACUCAUAAUGCGGUUUGCCGUUGGGGACAAAUCAUUUGUUGUUAGAAUAGCUGCUGCACGUUGUCUGAAGGCCUUUGCCAACAUUGGAGGACCAGGUCUUGGAGUUGGAGGACUGGACAAUUCAGCCUCUCAUUGUGUCAAGGCUCUUGAGGAUCCUUUAUUGGCUGUGAGGGAUGCAUUUGCUGAAGCUUUAGGAUCAUUGCUUGCUCUUGGAAUGAAUCCUGAGGCACAGGUUCAACCAAGGGGAAGGGGUCCUUUUCCUCCGGCAAAGAAACUCGAGGGUUGUUUGGAAAGGCAUUUAACUAUACCCUUCACCAAAGCUAAUGGUGCUCGGUCAAAGAGCUUACGCGUUGGCCUUACCUUAUCUUGGGUAUACUUUUUACAGGCUAUUCGCCUCAAGUAUCUGCUUCCAGAUAGUGAACUUCAAGGCUAUGCUUUGCAGGUUAUGGACAUGCUUCGUUACGAUGUUUCUGUUGAUGCCCAUGCAUUGGCAUGUGUUCUUUAUAUCCUACGGGUUGGUGUAACUGAUCAGAUGACGGAACCUACUCAACGGAGCUUUUUGGUUUUUCUGGGAAAGCAGCUAAUCUUUUUGGGAAACUUGCAGCUUCAGUCUCUUGACGUCAGUCCGUCGAUGAAAAUUGCUGCUUUACGUACUUUGUCAUAUACUUUGAAAUCGCUAGGAGAGGUUCCAUCAGAAUUCAAGGAAGUGUUUGAUAGCACAGUUGUUGCGGCUGUGUCUCAUUCAUCACAACUUGUUCGGAUUGAAGCAGCUUUGACAUUCCGUGCAUUGGCUGAAGUUGAUCCCACCUGUGUUGGUGGUUUGGUUUCUUAUGGGGUGACCACACUGAAUGCUUUAAGAGAAACUAUUUCAUUUGAAAAGGGAGGCAAUUUGAAAGCUGAGCUGGACUCAUUUCAUGGACAGGCUUCAGUUUUAGCAGCGUUAGUUUUCAUUUCUCCAAAGUUACCUCUUGGUUAUCCGGCCAGAUUACCUAGACUGGUGCUUGAACUAUCAAAGAAAAUGCUAACUGAAUCUAGUAGAAAUGCUGUUGCUGCAACUGUUGAAAAAGAAGCCGGAUGGUUACUUUUAUCAUCUUUAUUAGCUUCUAUGCCAAAGGAGGAGCUUGAAGACCAGAUUUUUGAUAUUCUUUCCUUAUGGGCUACCUUUUUUAAUGGAAACUUGGAAAAUGUACUGAUGAGAAAUGGAGAGUUGGCAUCUAGGAUAUGUCUAUUGUCUACUGCAAUUGAUGCACUAACAGCAUUUGUAAGAUGCUUCAUUUCUCCUGGUACUGUGAACAGCGGGAUCCUACUUCAACCAGUUCUCGUAUAUCUGAGUAGGGCUUUGUCCUACAUAUCAAUGACUGCAGUUAGAGAACUACCAAAUAUCAAGCCUGAAGUGGACAUAUUAAUCAUAAGAACCUUGAUAGCCUAUCAGUCACUCCCUGAUCCUAUGGCAUAUGAAAGUGAUCAUCCCCAUCUUCUUCAGUUAUGCACAAUGCCAUACAAGGAUGCUUCUGUAUGUGAAGAAAGCUCAUGCUUAAGGAUGCUGUUGGACAAAAGAGAUGCAUGGUUGGGUCCUUGGAUUCCUGGCAGAGAUUGGUUUGAGGAUGAACUGCGGGCUUUUGAAGGUGGAAAAGAUGGUCUCAUGCCUUGUGUAUGGGAGAAUGAAGUUUCUAGUUUUCCUCAGCCGGAGACAAUAAAUAAAACUUUGGUGAACCAGAUGCUUCUCUGCUUCGGAAUUAUGUUUGCUUCUCAGGAUGGAAGUGGGAGGUUGUCGCUUCUUGGAAUGAUUGACCAGUGUCUGAAAGCAGGGAAAAAGCAAUCAUGGCAUGCAGCCAGUGUAACCAAUAUUUGUGUAGGGUUACUUGCUGGGUUAAAGGCUUUGCUUACAUUUCGUUUUCAACCGUUGGGAUCAGAGGUAUUGAAUUUGGCACAGGCUAUUUUCCAGAAUAUUCUAGCAGAAGGAGACAUUUGCCCAUCGCAACGUAGGGCAUCAGCAGAGGCUCUUGGUCUAUUAGCUCGCCUUGGAAAUGAUAUCUCUACAGCAAGAAUGACUCGAUUGCUUCUUGGUGACCUAGCUGGAGUGACUGAUUCAAAUUAUGCUGGAUCAAUUGCUUUUGCUCUUGGUUGCAUUCAUUGCAGUGCAGGAGGAAUGGCCUUAUCAAGUUUAGUGCCUUCAACUGUGAGCUCAGUAUCUUUGCUGGCUAAAACUUCAAUUCCAGGUUUACAGAUGUGGUCUUUGCAUGGACUUCUUUUGACCAUUGAGGCUGCAGGCUUGUCCUUCGUAUCUCACGUCCAGGCAACACUUGGUCUUGCUAUGGAAAUUUUAUUGUCUGAGGAGAAUGGAUGGUUUGACCUUCAACAAGGGGUAGGACGGCUUAUAAACGCCAUUGUUGCUGUUCUUGGCCCUGAGCUUGCCCCAGGCAGUAUUUUCUUUUCACGCUGCAAGUCUGUUGUUGCAGAAAUUAGCUGUGGGCAGGAAACAGCAACACUUCUUGAGAGUGUUCGUUUUACACAGCAGCUUGUUCUCUUUGCUCCACAAGCUGUUUCUGUGCACUCCCAUGUGCAAACUCUUCUUUUGACUUUAUCGUCAAGACAGCCCACUUUGCGGCAUCUUGCUGUCUCUACUCUAAGGCAUCUAAUUGAAAAAGAUCCUGUUUCUGUGAUUGAAGAGCGGAUAGAAGACAAUUUAUUUCACAUGUUGGAUGAGGAAACUGAUUCUGAGAUUGGGCAUCUGGUACGUACUACAAUCAUGCGGUUGCUCUAUGCAUCAUGCCCUUUAUGUCCAUCUCAUUGGAUAUUAAUUUGUCGCAACAUGGUCCUUGCUACAUCAUCAAGAGGGAAGGCAGAAUUUAAUAAUUCAGAAAAUGAUUCUGUGAAUGUUCUUGAUGGUGACGCAAGGUUGAAUUUUGAAGAUGAUGGUGAAAAUAUGGUCUCUAGUUCCAAAGAAAUGGCAGUUCAGGGCUAUGCAUUUGAAGCUUCUAGUUUGAAACCUAAUAGAGAUAAGCAUCUGCGUUUUCGAACUAGAGUUUUUGCUGCAGAGUGUUUGAGUAAUCUGCCAAUAGCUGUGGGAAGUGAUCCUGCUCAUUUCGACCUCUCUUUGGCAAGAAAAAAACCUUCUAAUGCAGAAGCCUCUUGUGAUUGGCUAGUCCUUCGCAUACAAGAGCUAAUAUCGCUUGCUUAUCAGAUAAGCACAAUCCAGUUUGAAAGCAUGCGCCCGAUUGGUGUGGGACUUCUGAGUAUGAUUGUGGACAAGUUUGAAAUGAUAUCUGAUCCUGAACUUCCUGGACACCUUCUAAUGGAACAAUAUCAGGCACAACUUGUAUCUGCUGUUCGCACUGCAUUAGACGCAUCAUCUGGCCCUAUCCUUCUGGAGGCAGGAUUGCAGUUGGCAACUAAGUUAAUGACUAGUGGAAUAAUUAGUGGUGAUCAAGUGGCAGUGAAACGCAUAUUUUCAUUGAUUUCACGUCCACUCAAUGACUUCAACGACCUAUAUUAUCCUUCAUUUGCAGAGUGGGUCUCAUGUAAGAUCAAGAUCAGACUUUUGGCUGCUCAUGCCUCUCUGAAAUGUUACACAUAUGCAUUCUUGAGGAGACAGCUUGGCGGGGUUCCAAAUGAGCUUCUAGCACUAUUGCCAUUGUUUUCAAAGAGUUCGAGUACACUGGGGAAGUACUGGAUCCAAGUUUUGAAGGAUUACAGUUAUAUUUUCAUGGGCUUGAAUCUCAAGAGAAAUUGGAACCCAUUUCUUGAUGGAAUCCAGUCACCCCUAGUUUCAUCAAAGUUGCUGCCCUGUUUGGAAGAAGCCUGGCCUGUUAUUUCGCAAGCAGUUGCACUGGAUGCAGUUCCAGUAAAUCAUGAUGGGAAUGGAUAUUCCAAAAUCUCUGAUGAAAAUAUGUCAAGAAGUAGCCUAAUAUCUGGAUAUAGCAUGGUGGAAUUGGAGUGUGAAGAAUAUAAAUUCCUAUGGGGUUUUGCUUUGCUGCUGGUAUUUCAGGGGCAACAUCUAGCCCCUGUUAAACAACCAAUGGCAUUGGGUUCUGUGAAGGUGAAUUUUGGUGGAGACUCACCAAUGAAAGAGAUGAAUUCACUUGGCUUGAAGUUACAUGAAAUUGCAUUACCUAUAUUCCGGUUCCUCUCAACUGAAAGUUUCUUCAAUGCAGGAUUUCUUACUAUGAAUCUUUGCCAAGAACUGCUGCAGGUUUUCUCUUAUUGUAUAUGCAUGGACAACUCAUGGAAUAGUCUCGCGAUAUCAGUUUUAUCACAGAUUGUACAGAACUGCCCUUCAGAUUUUGUUGAAUCGGAAAAUUUUGCAUAUAUUGGAAUAGAACUUUGCUUGGCUUACCUCUUCAAAAUUUUUCAAAGUACUGAUCUGAUAUCACCAGAUCUCCCAAAUCAAGAGGAUUUACUAUCGCCAUUAUUUGUAACUGCAAAGAUGCUGGUUCAGCAUAUUGAACCAAAGAUGCAGAAACAGUUUAAGUCAGUGACAUUGGCGUUUCUGUUAAUUGGUUACAAGUGCGUUAAACAGGCAUCUACUGAGUUAUGCCUUUCAAAGGUUAUUGAUUUUGUCAAGUUUGUCCUUUCUGCAUUGAAGAAACUUGUUGAGGAUGUUCAAAAACUUGAAGAUGAUGAAAUUAACCAUCUCAGAACUAUUUUCGGUACCUGUCUGAAUGUAAUUGCUGAUCUGAUGAAGGAUUGCAUCAAGGGAAUUCGCCAACUAGAAAAUAACAGAUCUGAUUUCUGGAAACUACUUCAGUUAAAGCUUGCAUUCUCUCUGGAGCAAAUUGUUUCAUUUGCCAAACUAGCUUAUGAAAUUGAAUUUCCUGAAGAUGAAAAAGAUAGUAAUCCCAUAGGUUUUGCUGUUUUCAAAUUUUGUGCCGAAUGUGUCAAAACUGUACUCAGGGAUUCAAAUACAAAGGUGCAAGCUAUCGGGUUGCAAGUGCUAAAAAGCAAGGUGCAGAGAUGUACCAACAGAGAUGAAAACAAAGUAAUGAUGUUCUUCGUUGGAGUGCUUGUUAGAGACAUCUUCUCUCUAAUUCAGAUGAUGCUGAAGAAACCUUUAAGUAAAGAAUCAGCGGCAACUGCUGGGGAAUGCUUAAGAAUCUUGAUGCUUCUGCAAACUGUGUCUAAAUCUGACGAGUGUCAAAGAGGUUUUAUGAAGCUGCUUUUGGAAGCCAUUGUCAUGGUAUUCUCAGCAUCAGAUGGGUCUUCCCAGGAAGCUAAUGAUAUAAGAAGCACUGCUGUGAGGCUUGUUUCUCAUCUUGCUCAAAUUCCUUCCUCAGCAGUUCAUCUUAAGGAUGCCUUGUUAUCAAUGCCUGUGAUGCACAGGCAGCAACUUCAGGGUGUCCUCCGUGCUUCCGUAGCACAUGAUCAGAAUGCACCACAAACAAAACCUGUAGCACCAUCGUUAGAAAUCAAAUUACCAGGGCCAGCCGGUGGAAAAUUAGAAAAACCUACCUCACCAUCAGCUACAAUAAUACAGCUAACAGAAGUGACAAAAGAAAGAGAUUUGCCACCAACAGCUACCUCAAUGGGCACCAAUGAAGACAGUGUAGGAGAGAGCGAAGAGGAAGAUGAUGAUUGGGAUGCUUUCCAGUCGUUUCCUGCUUCAACAACUGCAGGUGAAACUGAUACAAAAGUAGAGAUGAUGGAGGAAGAACCCGAUCGGGCUGAAGACUCUUCUGCCGCUGAAUUUAGUACUGGAAAAGGUUACUCCCUAGAAUCCAACACUGAUUUACCUCUCAAAGAUGUUGAGAAGAAUGACAAUGCAGAGAAUCUGGAGACUGUCGAUCACGAUUUAUUAUCUGAAAGUCCAGAUGACAGAAAUGACAUCAAGGUAGUUCAAGAAUUUGAAACACAAGCCCGGCCUAGUAAUGAUCAACUUCAAGAAAUAGAAAAUGAAACAGUGCCGUCAGUGGAAGCUAUUCCAGUAGAAGAUCACGAGCAGAGAAAGGCGCACGGAGAUGACAAAAUUGAUGAAGUAUUGUCCACAAAUCUUCAACAGGUUGCAGACGAAGAAAGAUCACCUGAGACAGACAAGGAUCAAGAGCAUGAAUCAAUAAAGGGUAGCCCCGAUAAUGAAACUAAUUUUGAAGCAUUGGCAGAUACUCUACCUUCCAAAGAAAUUUCAGAAUUCAGAUCGCAGGUAGAAGUUGAAAAAACUGAUAAAGAUGAGCAUAAUAAGGCCAAUGAAGAUACUGAAAAGAAAAACGCCGCAGAAGAGGGUCUUGAGGAUAUGAAAUUACCAAAAACUUAAUAUAAAUGAUAAUUUGUGUGAGGUUUGAACUCGCUAACGUGUUUCUUUUGUUUCAUAUUUCAAUCUUGUAGCAUCGUUUAGUCAUUUGUUUUGUAUAAUUCUUGCAACGAAUCUUGCACCCUUAAAACAUGUUUGAGCCUGGAAAGAAGCAUGCGAGUUCUUUUGUUGAA